UUAUAAAUAAUGCAUUGAAGUGUUUUGACAUCUGACAGUUGGAUUAAUAUUUGUGAUGUGAUAAAUAACAAUAUCUUCAAGAUGUGGGUGGCUUUUAUUGGAUUUGUGUUCCUGUUUGGGGUGUCAGCACGUCCUGGUCAUUGGGACCAUUUGGGGCAGCCCUACUUUGACAAUAACACGAAGCGCGAAGUCGCAGCUACAAUCGGAAAAGCGGCCUUCCUUUUGUGCAGAGUGAGGAAUCUUGCUGACAAAUCGGUCUCUUGGAUACGGAAACGUGACUUGCAUAUAAUAUCAGUAGGUGUGCACACCUACAGCGGCGACGGUCGCUUCGUGUCUCUCCACCCGGAGGGCUCAGAUGAGUGGACGUUACGGAUCUCGCCAGUCAAACCCGCUGACUCGGGUGCAUACGAAUGUCAAGUGUCCACAGAACCAAAGAUCAGCCUCUCCUUUCGACUUAGCGUUGUUGUUUCGAAGGCGGAAAUUUUAAAUGGAAACGAAUUAUUCGUUAGAAGCGGAUCGGACAUCAAUCUGACUUGCAUAACAAAAGACGCUCCGGAAGCGCCAAGUUUCAUAUAUUGGUUUCGAGAUAAAGACGUCGUGAACUAUGCACAAAGGGGUGGCAUAAAUGUAUUGACUGACCAGAAGACUAGGACCAGUCGUCUGCUAAUAGCUAGAGCUAUACCACAAGAUUCUGGGAAUUAUACUUGUGCGCCCAGCAGUUCGGACCCUGCGUCGGUGAUCGUCCACGUUCUAAGCGGCGAGCAUCCUGCCGCCAUACAGGGCUCCGGCACUUCAAUACAUCUCAAUUACUACAUUAUAACCACUCUACUAACAAUGUACGUUGUAAAUACUUCCUCAAGAUCAUCUUUUAUAUCAAUACUCUUAGCUAACUAUAUUUUAAUUCUUGCAAUCGUAGUCGUAUGA